AGAUCGAUAUAUACACAACAAAGCGUUUACUAAAACUUGCAGUAUUCAUAAUAAGAUCUAUAUCAGGGUGUAUAAAUUUCUAUUGUAUGGCUAUUCACAGCUUAAUUCAAGGAUUAAUCCCUUCAAGCUUCUUCUUCAUGAAUAGCAGACCAGAAAAUUGUAAUCUCAUCAAAAAUGGUGUCUGUGUUGAUCCUUUUAGGGUUCGGUGCAAGCUUGCAGCUGGUGGAAGUGAAAUUCCGAUGCAUCAACAAUCCAUUCCAAGGAGGUCAGCAAAUUAUGAACCUCCUCUUUGGAGCUAUGAUUAUAUUCAAUCUCUGACAAAUGAUUAUCUGGAAGAAUCUUAUGGUAUACAGUUAAGGAAGCUAAAGGCACAAGUGAGCACGAUGCUUGAACUUUUGGAGGAUCCAUUGGAUAGCAUUGAGUUAAUUGAUAUUCUUGAGAGGUUGGGAUUAUCUUAUCACUUUACAAAUGAUAUAGACAAAAUCUUGAAGUGCAUAAGUGAGAAAAACAAAACAAAUAAUGAUUCGUGGAAGAAAAAUAAUUUAUAUGCAACAGCACUUGAAUUCAGACUUCUAAGACAACAUGGCUACCACAUACCUCAAGAGAUUUUUAAUAUUUUUAUGGACGAGAAAAGGAGCUUUAAGGCACACCUCAACGAAGAUAUAAAGGGAAUUUUGAGCUUGUAUGAAGCUUCAUAUCUUUUGGUAGAAGGUGAAAUAAUUCUAGAAGAAGCUAGAAGUUUUACCACAAAACAUCUUAAGGAAUAUAUAAAGCAAAAUAAAAAUGAUCUUUCAGUGUUUGUGAGCCAUGCCUUAGAGCUUCCCUUACACUGGAGAGUUCCAAGAGUGGAGGCCAGAUGGUUCAUUGAGUACUACGAAAGGAAACAAGACAUGAGUCCUAUCUUGCUUAAGUUUGCAAAGCUAGAUUUCAACAUAGUGCAGGCCAUUUACAAAAAGGAUCUAAAACAAGAGUCAAGAUGGUGGAAGAAUAUUGGCUUCGAGGACAAGCUAGUCUUCUCGAGGAGUAGGUUAGUGGAGAGUUUUUUAUGGAGUAUUGCUGUUACAUUUAAGACUCAACUUGGAUAUUAUAGACAAAUGGUAACAAAAGUGAUUUCUCUAGUGACUACUAUUGACGAUAUUUAUGAUGUAUAUGGUACUUUAAAUGAACUGAAGCUCUUUACAGAUACCGUUAAAAGGUGGGACAUUAAUGCAAUUGACCAACUUCCAGAGUACAUGCAAAUAUGUUUUCUUGGCCUCUAUAACUCUAUAAACGAAAUUUCAUUUGGCAUUCUCAAGGAGCAUGGGACUAAUGUCAUUCCUCACCUAAGAGAAGCAUGGGCAGAAUUAUGUGAAGCAUAUUUAUUAGAGGCCAAGUGGUACUAUAGUAAAUGCAGGCCAAGCCUAGAAGACUACAUGGAAAAUGCAUGGAUUUCAGUAGGAGGAGCAAUUAUGCUAAAGCAUGUUUACAUUCUUACAAAUGUUAUAAAUAAUAAACCAUUAGAUUGUUUAAAUGAAUACCAUGAUGUUAUUCGUUGGUCCUCAACAAUUAUACGUCUCGCGGAUGAUCUUGGAACAUCAUCGGUAGAGCUUAAAAGAGGAGAUGUUUCAAAGUCAAUUCAGUGUUACAUGCACGAGACUGGAGCAUCAGAGGAAGAUGCUCGUCAACAUAUCAGAAAUCUAAUUGAGAAAAUGUUGAAAAAGAUAAAUACAUACAUAAUCACAUAUUCUCUACCACACUCUAAGAUAUACAUCGAUGUUGCAAUGGAUGCUGCAAGGAUAGCCCUAUGCAUGUAUAGACUCGGAGACUCUUAUGGAGACGGAUAUAGUGUUAAAGAUUAUGUAUCAUCACAACUUGUUCAUCCCAUUUACAUUAUGUAGUAAAGGGUAUAUAGAAGAUGGGAAGUAUGGAUAUUGAUCAUAUUACAAAAACUUAUAUAGAUUUUAAUUUUCUAAUUUUUUGUAAUUUUUUUAAACUAAUGACUAAAUGUACAUCUGUCAAUCUCUUCAUUAAUUGAGAUUGUGAUAAAGAAACCGUAGAAUAAUGGCUUUAAUACAGAGAAUCCAUACAUCACCAAGAAAUACAGAGAAUCCAGUAAGGGAUUUGUGAGAAUCACUACAAGUUACCCAGUCAGAGUCACUGAAAGCUUUGAGGUGCAGAGAGUUCUCAGCCGGAUAAAAAAGACCUUAACUCGGAGUACCUUUAAGAUACCUCAAAAUCAAAGGUGCAGCUUGCAAAUGUGUUUGACUGGGAGUAUUUAAAAAUUGAGAAAGCUGUUGAAUAGAAUAACAAAUAUCAGGUUGAGUAUUGGCAAGGUAAAGUAGCUUAUCAAUGAGUUGCCUGUAUAAGAAAGCAUCCUGAAGAGGAGGACCAUCCUGUUUUGUCAACUUGACAGAAGGAACCAUGGGUGUAGAAGUUGGUUUACAGCCCAAAAAUCCAGUAUCACGAAAUAAAUCCAAAGUAUACUUACAUUGGCAAGCAUUAAUGUCUGCAGAGGAACACAAGAUCUCCAAACCCAAGAAAUAUUUCACUUCACCAAGAUCUUUUAUUUUAAAAAUAUCAUGUAGAAAAUUUUUAACUGAUUGAAUCUGAUCCAAAUUAUCACUGGCAAGAAACACAUCAUCUACAUACACAAGAAUCAUAAUAAAAGAAAAACCAGUAUGCUUAAAAAACAGUGAGGAAUCUGAAUGGGCUUGCAUAAAACCAUAAAUUUUCAAGGCUUCAGUCAGCUUGAAAUUCCAUUGUCGACUAACUUGUUUAAGACCGUACAAGCUCAUUUUUAAUCUAUAAACUUGAUUGGGCUGAGAGUCAUGAACUCCAGGGGGGAAGAGUCAUAUAUACUUCCUCUUUUAAAUCACCAUGUAAAAAAGCAAUAUUGAUAUCCAACUGAUGAAGAUGUCAGCCUUUUGCAGAAGCUAGUGCCAACAAGUCCGAAUGGUGGUUUUAAACAGCUUGACAACAGGUAAGAAAGUGUAAAGAAAAAAUCAAUUCCAGAUUGCUGGGUGUAUCCCUUUGCAACUAAUCUGACUUUUUAUCUUUCGAUAGAAUCAUCUGCAUGUCUUUUGAUCUUGUAGACCCAUUUACAACCAAUGGGUCGCUUAUCAGGAGGUAAAGGAACAAGAUCCCAGGUUUGGUUUGCUUCUAGUGCUUGUAUCUCAGUGACCAUUGUCUCUUUCCAGCAAGAUACUUUAAUAGCUUGAGUAUAAGUGAUUAGUUCAGUUUCUUAGGAUAGGGAAAGAACAAAAGGCUUGUGUGUGUUGUAAAGAUUAUCAUAAGUAAGGACAUUUGAAAGGCAAUGUGGAGUGGAUAUAGAAUGAGACUUCAAACCAUAUAAGUAGUAACCAUGUAAAUGAGACGAUUGCUUUAUGGAUCUAUUAGUUCUUCUGAGUGGUGGUGAAUGUGAAAUAGGUAAGUUAUCUGAUUCUGUGGUUGAGUCGUUAUAAUUUUCUGGUGAACUAUUUCCAAUCAAAGAAGGAGAUGCAUGAGUAAAAGAAUUAUCAGAUGUAAAUGAUGAGGAAUGAGAAUUACCAGAAUUAGUUGAUCCAGCAUAGUAGCUGAGGUCUACAUUACCCUGAUGCUGUGAAGUCGGUUGUACACUACAAUCUGGUGUUAAAUCAUCAACACAAGGAAGUACAAGAUUGUUUGAAUCUGUAGUCGAAGGAGUAGAGGAUAAAUAAGAAAAGGGAAAUAUAUGUUCAAAGAAUUGGACAUCUCGGGAUACAAAAACUUUGUGAGACUGGAUAUCAUAGACUCUAUACCCUUUAAUAUGAGAAGGAUAUCCAAGGAAUAAACACUUAACAGCUUUACAAUCGAAUUUAGUAUGGGUUGGAGAAAGAUUUGAUGCAUAACAUAAGCACCCAAACACUUUUAAAUGCUGAUGUUGAGGAAUAGUUUUGAACAGAAUUUUAAAAGGAGCUUAUAGGUCUCAAUCAAAGCUUCGCACUCAAGUAAGGUUUUCUACUUUAGGCAAAAAAAUACCAGAGAAAGUUUUUGGAUUUCUUGACUCCUUUAUUGACGAAUGUCGAGACCUGUAAAUAGACAUGAGUACAACUGAUUAUAUAAUCUUAGAUAAGAACAGAAGAUACAAGUAAAUCAAAAGGAAUUCAAAAAAAAAAUGCUGGUGCUGAAAUUCUGGAGUGGAUAAUAGCUCGUCCGUGAUUUUUGGGUAGAUUUCUUCCUCUGUUUGUUACAAACUGUGCGAAGCAGCUGGGUCGAUAAGUUAUCCAAGUAUCUUAGAUUCUGUCUGGCCUUUCUUUGUGAUCUUCGGAUCUUAUCAUCACCCUCCUCCCAUUGAAAGCAACCUUGUCCUAAAGGUUAGGAAAUUAUUCGGCUAAGUUCUGGGCGAGCACCCAGGUAGCUUCUUCGGUUGGGAACUAUUUCCAUUUAACCAGGUUUUCUUCAAUAACCUUGCCACCUCGUUUGAUCUAGCAAGUGUCUAGGAUAAAUUCUGGUUGGAGAAUGAUGUUGUUGUUGAUCGAAGGGGAAUAAGCUUGAAAGGUGGCUCUGUGAAUGAGAAAACUUAGAGAGAGAAAGUUGAGGAGAGAGAGGGCAGCAAAACAGAGCAAGCUAAUGUAACUGCCUCUAUUUUACUGUUUUGAAGAGGCGUGCACUUUCUUUGGAGAGAAGAAGUUAUUUCUCCUUUUUAUUUCAACAUAUAUAUAUAAAUACAAAUUUAAACAGAUUACAUCAACCAACCGAUCAAAUCAAAUUGACCGAAAAUCAUGCAUACACAUCGCAUAGAAUUUUACGU